CUUGGCUUUAGUGGGAAACGCUCGCACUUUUCUUUGAGAAUGGUUCCAAUUGCGGCGGUCUAUGUAUUUUGUUCACUCGUAUUUUUCAUAUCCGCUCUGGUAAUAUUAUACUUGCGCUGGCAUUUCAACUAUUGGCGGAAGCGCGGUGUGCAAGGACCUAAACCUAAUUUACUCAUUGGCACGCUUCCGAAAUCCAGUGCCGGGCAGUGCAGCCUGGUCGAGGAGUUGCAUGAAAUUUAUCUGCGCUACAAAUCAACGCAAAAAUAUGUGGGCAUAUUCACAGCACGUACGCCUAAACUCUUUAUCUGUGAUCCCCAACUGGGUUUGGAGAUCUUAACUCAACAUUUUAAAAAUUUUCAUGAUAAUGAAUCUUCGCAAUGGUCAAGCGAGAAAGUGGAACAACUGCGUUUCACCAGUCCUUUUGUCUCAGUUGGCGAAAAGUGGAAGGCGCGACGUUCGGAGUUGGUCCCAGCGCUCACUAUUAACAAGAUUCGCUCAUUCUAUUCCGCAAUGCGGUGCAGUGCCCAGAAAGCUGUCGAGUUCCUCGGAGUGUCCGUAGCUCAACCUCAAGAUGCCAAAGAACUUGCCAACCGAUUCACAGCCCAGUUUAUGUCUAAUUUCAUAUGGGGCAUUGAGGGGAAUGCGUUCAAUGUGCCUGAGAAACCCACUGCUGCCAGAGCAUCUCUUUCGCCUGUACACUGCAUGGCAAGUGCUAUGCUUUCGCAAUCGUUGGAAUGUGUACGCUAUUAUGGACGAACUGCUGCCUGGCCGUGGCUGCGAAAAAUACGUCCGGUACGUUUUUUUCCCCUCGCCUCAGAUCGUUUCUUCCAACAGCUGCUGGCGGACGCUAUGGACGUACGCGCCAAGCAGUCAACUGUUGUUGGUGGAGUGCGGGGUGUUUUGAUCGAUCACUUGCAGCAGCUCAGGGAUAAAAAAUCCUUAAACGGCAUACAAAUCGCUGGACAUACUACAACUGUUUUGAUUGAUGGCUUCGAGACGGCAGCGAUGCUGAUUGCGCACUGUCUGUUGUUGCUCGCACGCAAUCCACGCGUACAGCAGAAGCUCAGAGAGGAGCUGCUCUCUGCCGAUGUUGCAGACAGCUUCGAUGCGCUCAAUGAACUGCCUUAUUUGGAUCAGUGUAUACAAGAAACUCUACGUAUAUUUCCGCCUCUAGCGACGCUCUUUAAAAUCUGCACGGAGUCUAUCACAUUGCAAAACUCCGAUAAAUCCUGUUUAACUGUACAUCCCGGCACCGGAAUAUACAUUUCUAGCUAUUCUUUCCAUCAUGAUCCGGACUACUUUGAAAAUCCGGAAGAGUUUUGGCCCGAGCGUUUUGCUGACGAGUUGGGUGGAGUGCGGAAGUAUCGCGAAAUGGGCGUUUUUAUGCCAUUCGGCGACGGGCCGCGGAUGUGUCCCGGCAUGAAACUUGGGCUGGCUGAGGCCAAAGUAGCCGUUGCAGAGUUGGUGCGAAAUUUUCAACUGGCACCUGGUCCAAAUGUACGCAACGAUAACCGAAUUGCUCCUGAGUCGUUUCUCUUAAAGAUCGACGGAAGCAUGGAACUUGAUUUCAGGCGACUGAAUUGAAUUGAAAUUGAGAUUAUAUUGAUGGAUGAAGCAACAAACAUACUCAGGUUAAAAAAAUGUGUCAAGCUUUUCUUUACGAAGACGAUUUCAGACUUAACUCUAAAUAAAAAUCAAUUUUAAUAAAUAC